UGAGGACGCCCCACUGUGGAUCCAGGUGCUCCGUGCAUCCCAGGCUCCGGAUGCACGUGAUUUACAAAUGCUCCUGAAAUGACACACCCUCCCCCCGGCUUUUGCACAGCGAGACGUGCGGCUGCUUUUCUUCUUCUUCCCAGAACACCUCCUGCUGAGAAGAAACUGCAGUGCCGUGGUUUUCCAUGCAUUCGAGAGAGCCUGCGGACAGAGAGAGGCCGCCUGGUCCGGCAAAGCCCGCGUAGCUGAUGGCUCCCAGGAUAACGCUGCCGUCCUGCUGCAGGGCCAUGCCCAAGAAGGAUGAUGGUGCCAAAAAGCCGGCGUCAGAGACGGUGCCGGACCAGCGCUGGAAGCUACAAGUCUUCUACCUCUGCUUCUACGGCUUCAUGACACAGAUCCGGCCCGGGGAGAGCUUCAUCACCCCCUAUCUCCUGGGUCCCGACCAGAACUUCACCAAGGCAGAGGUGACCAACGUGAUCACGCCGGUGCUGUCCUACUCGUACUUGGCCGUGCUGGUGCCCAUCUUCCUGCUGACGGACUACCUGCGCUACAAGCCCGUGCUGGUGCUGCAGAGCCUGAGCCACAUCUCCAUCUGGCUGCUGCUGGUGUUGGGCACCUCCGUCCUGGCCAUGCAGCUGAUGGAGUUCUUCUACGGCAUCACCAUGGCCGCCCGCAUCGCUUACUCCUCCUACAUCUUCUCCCUCGUUGCCCCGUCCCGCUACCAGCGGAUGGCCAGUUAUUCCCGCUCCGCCGUCCUCAUGGGUGUCUUCACCAGCUCGGUGCUGGGCCAGCUCUGUGUCACCUUGGGCGGCGUCUCCUUCCUCACGCUCAACUACGUCUCCUUGGGCUUUGUCAGCUUCGGCCUCGUCCUCACCCUCUUCCUUGAGCGGCCCCGGCGCAGCCUCUUCUUCAACCGGCCGGGGGCAGCCGGUGACGAGGCUGCAUCCACGGAGCUGGUCAGGAUGGCCGAGGGGGACGGCGGCGGGAGGGCGCGGGGCUGGCGGGACGCGGUGCUGUGCCGGAUGCUGCGGGAGGUGGGGGCGCUGGCCAGGCAGCCCCAGCUCCGCCUCUGGUCCCUGUGGUGGAUCUUCAACUCAGCUGGGUACUACCUGAUGCUGUACUACGCGCACAUCCUCUGGAACGAGAUCUUCCCCACCACGGACAACCGCCGGGUGUACAACGGAGGGGUGGAUGCGGCCUCCACGCUGCUGGGAGCCAUCGCCUCCUUCGCUGCUGGCUACGUGAAGAUCCGCUGGACGCUGUGGUCGGAGCUGGUGAUCGGAGUGGUGACGGCAUUCCAGGCAGGGCUGCUCCUGCUCAUGAACUCCACCACCAACAUUUGGUUGUGCUAUGUUGCCUACGUCCUCUUCCGUGGCUCCUACCAGUUCCUGGUGCCAAUUGCCAUUUUCCAGAUCGCUACCUCCCUUUCCAAAGAGCUCUGUGCUCUGGUCUUUGGGGUCAACACCUUCUUCGGCACCGUUCUGAAGACCAUUAUCACCGUCAUCGUGGCCGACAAGAGGGGCUUGGGCUUAUCCGUGCAUCCCCAGUUCUACGUGUACUUUGGUUACUUCGCGCUGCUGGCCGUGGUCUACCUGCUGGCGGCUGUCGGUGUGGGCAUCCGGCACAGCCGCCGCAGGCAGCCAGAAGAGCCAGCCUUGGCCAAGGAGCCGUGCCAGCUCCCCGUGGAGAUUCCAGCACAGGAGAAAAGCCCCGAGGCAGGCACCGUGCGAGCCUGAGCGCUGGCUCCCUAAGUGAGCAUCAUCAUCAUCAUCAUCAUCAUCACCACCGUGUGCUUGUUCUCCUCUCCCACUGCUGGUGCUCUGUGCUGCUCCGUUGAGGAUGUAACUCUGGGGACAUGUUUUCUGCUCUGUGGAGACAGGGCUGUGCCCCCUUCCCCAUCCCCAAACACAGAGCACCGUGGGAUACCACACAGGGAUAUGGAUGGGGACCCCCUGCUGCUGCGUCCCCCAUCAUGGUACAGAGCCAGGCUACAAGAGGAUGUUUCUUUAUUCAGUGCCUUUAGAAAAUGGUUUAUAGGACACAACCGACAACAAAAAAAAAUAAUAUAAAGAUCCACAGGCUUUAAAUUGCAUUAAUUACACAAAAUACAGUAGACUGUAAGAAAUAGAGACCGUGUGACUCGCACAGCUUUUAUGGUAAUAAUUUCCAUACAAUAACAAAAAAAAAAAGCUAGUAACAGA